AAGGGACUGUGCUUCCAGCAAAGCACAGCUCCGUUACCUCAGCUGCAUGGAAUUAACAAUACUCUCGUGAGGAAGGGGCACAAUCCUGCCCCGAAUCAGGGCAAACUGCCUACUUCCGAAAUACCAACAUUCUAAGCUCCUAAAGUGCUGCUGUUGGGGACUCUUGCUGCAUUUUCUCUUUCUGCUGGACACCAGGAGGGGACUUCAGCGCAGGCAGAGCUCUGUGCCAGGUCAGCCAAGCAUGGCCACCCAGAUGUUCGAGGGCAGAGGGCAUGCGGCCGUCUACCAGAAAUACAGGUUUGCACCGGGCAAAGAGCUGCAGCAGACCAUCCUCUCCUACCUGCGGGAAAAGAAAGCAAUCCCUGCGGAGCUGGCGGUGGAUGUUGGCUGUGGCUCUGGACAAGGCACCCACUUCCUUGGGGAGCACUUCAAGAAGGUGGUGGGCACGGACAUUAGCGAAGCGCAGAUCCAGGAGGCCAAGGACACCCCCUGCAUGCCUAACAUCUCCUACCUCGUGUGCCCUGCGGAGGAGCUGCCGUUUGAGGACGGCUCCGUGGACGUGCUGGCGUCGUUCACGGCCGCGCACUGGUUUGACACGGAGCGGUUCAUGCGGGAGGCGCAGCGCGUGGUGAGGCCGGGCGGCUGCGUGGCCAUCAGCACCUACACCGUGGACAUGAGCCUGCGCUGCGGGGACUGCUCCCAGCAGCUCACCAGAGCCUUCAGGGAGUGCUGGGACAAGAUUUUAAAAUACUCAAAUGAUAGAUUAAAAUACGUCUUGGAUGACUACAAAGAGAUCUUUGAGGCCUUGCCAUUCCCAGACAAGAAGAGAGUCACUGAUAUCUAUGACCCAAUUCCCAUGACUGUUGAGGGUGUGGUUGGUUACAUGGAGUCUACCUCUCCUUAUCAAACCUUUAAGAAAAAUGACCCUACAGCUGCAACAUCCCUCCUCCAAGAGACUGAAAAGAGGAUGCUGGAGACAAUGGGAGUUUCCUCUCGUGAGACCCCGGUGGAGUUCUGGGUGAGGCAUGUCUGUGUGCUGGGGUGCAAGGGAUGCUGAGAGAGCAAACCCUUCUCCUCAUCUGCUGCUACAAUGGGAGAGGAAGGUAGAUUGUCUCCUAAAACCCUGCUUGUAACUGCUCUGACUCUUUGGGAAGAUUACUGCUGAUUUUGCUGAUUGAAAUUUUGGUCUCCUAUGGAAAGCAGAUGGGGUUUUGUGCCCCUCAGGUUCCUGUCCACCUUGAUGCUGCUCCCUCAGCACUGGAAGUGUCCCAUUGUGGAUUGCUGGUUUAAUAACACAUGGGAAAAAGAAUCACAGGAACAGCUGAGAAACUCACUGCAUUUCUUACACAAUUAAUAAUUAAAACACAAGUUGAGAAAA